UUCCAUCCAGCACCGACAACCAUGUCAACACUGAACGCCUAUGGCAUGUUCUCGUAAAUAUUGGAAGAAUCGAAAGACGAGGUGGCUUGCCUCGUCUGUGCAUCGAACUUCGACCCGCGUUGACAUCUCACAGGUCGACCCCGCUCCAGGGCUAUUUUCUUCAACAACCGUUGAGAUAUUCCAUACGAAUGCCGCGAUGCUGCGCAAGCUGCUAGACAAGAAAGAAGCGCCUAGAAACAAGUGGCUCUGUCACACGGUUCUCAAUCCAAUCUCCCCCACUACUUACGCGGUCAAGCCCUUUGUCAAGCUCAAGCGCUCUCACGCGUGUUGGGGCUUUUUGUUGGACGCACGAGGUUCAGACUCCAGCCAGCAAAAUGGCUUCCCGGUCGCUUUGUCAAGCGUCACGCUUUCCUUGGCGCCAGGCAGGUUUACUGGGCUCCUUCUGACAGUACGAUGCUGGCGGUGUCCCUUCAUCUUGGGAUUAUGUAUAUGUAAUGACUGUUCACCUCUGCCGCCGUCCGCCCCGCGCCCCAAAUGUGCGGUGCGCGCUUGCUGACUCGUGCUACGAUCUGCUUCUUGAUUCAUCUUUCCUGCUGCGCCAUCGUGGACCGUAUCAAUGAUGAUUCUCCCAUCUGUCCUCACGCUUCCUGCUUUCCUGCUGUCAGCAGCAGGUAUGUCUUUUAGUCAUCAC